UUCCCUGCUCCCCUCCCGUGUGGAGAAGAGGCGCCAUUAUUGUGUACGGCAAACUCGAGCGGCCCGGUCUUUCUUAGGGCGCAGCCAUUUCAAGCUCUCCGCCGCCUACCUCUCGGUCUCCCACCAAGGGCGACGCCAUUUUGCAUUACGGAUAGGAAGGCGGCCCACAAGGGGCUGGGGCCUCAUCCUCCCCCCCUCCCUUUUUUGUAGGUGUCUUCAUAAAAUGCCCGCCGAGAGUCCCCCUUUUUUCCCGCUCCGCUCCAAGAUGGCGUCGAUGCGAGAGAGCGACACUGGCCUGUGGCUUCACAACAAGCUGGGCUCCACCGACGAGCUGUGGGCGCCGCCGAGUAUCGCCUCGCUGCUCACCGCCACGGUCAUCGACAACAUCCGUCUCUGCUUCCACGGCCUCUCCUCGCCCGUCAAGCUCAAGCUGCUGCUGGGGACGCUGCACCUGCCCCGCCGCGCCGUGGAUGAGAUGAAAGUUGCACUGAGUGACAUUAUCCAGCUCGCUACCUUGGAUUCAGACCCCUGGGUCUUAAUGGUAGCUGAUAUUUUAAAAUCCUUUCCAGAUACUGGCUUCCUUAAUCUUGAUCUGGAAGAACAGAAUCCCAAUGUUCAGGAUAUUUUAGGUGAACUGCGAGAUAAAGUGAGCGAAUGUGAAACUUCUGCGAUGUUGCCAUUGGAGUGCCAGUACUUAAAUAAAAAUGCCUUGACCACAUUGGCUGGACCACUAACUCCCCCAGUGAAACAUUUCCAGUUGAAAAGAAAACCAAAAAGUGCUACUCUCCGGGCUGAACUCUUGCAGAAGUCUACUGAAACUGCUCAGCAGCUCAAGAAAACAGCCGGAGUGCCUUUCCAUGCCAAAGGAAGGGGGUUGGUCAAAAAAAUAGAUACAACAACACCGCUCAAAGGAAUACCAAAGCAAGCACCAUUCAGGAAUCCCACCGCCCCAAGCGUGUUUAGCCCUGCUGGAAACAGAACUCCCAUUCCUCCUUCAAGAACUCCUGUGUGCAAAGAAAGAGGAGUAAAGUUUCUACCUAUAAAAGAGCUGGAUAUGGUUGGAGCUGGCCGGGAAGCAAAAAGAAGAAGAAAGACCGUAGAUGCAGAAGUGGUGGAAAAACAAGCAAAAGAAGAAACUGUUGUAGAAAAUGCCACUCCCGAUUAUGCUGCAGGGCUGAUGUCCACUCAGAAACUUGGCGCGUUGAAUAAUGAGCCUGCCCUGGCUUCUACGAGUUACUUACCUGCAGCACCCAGUGUUGUGCCAUCUUCCUCUUACGCUCCAAGUUCUGACACACCGACAGCUGGAUCCAUUCGAGAACCCUUGCAAGCUAAAGAAGAGCCUGCUACUCCUCCUGCCAAUGCUGUCCCCACUAAGUUCAAGCAAAGGACUCCCAUGUACAACAGUAAUACAAAUACAGCUGCCACUACUCCAGCCUCUCCUGUGACACCUCCCACCACGUCUCCAGCAGCACAAGCGCCGCAGGCAGCUCCUCAGACUCAACAGGCCCCCCCUCCCAAAAAGAAUCUCUCGCUAACUAAGGAACAAAUGUAUGCAGCGCAAGAAAUGUUCAAGACUGCAAACAAAGUUACAAGGCCAGAGAAGGCUCUUAUCUUGGGAUUCAUGGCAGGAUCAAGAGAGAACCCUUGCCAAGAACAGGGUGACAUUAUCCAGAUCAAGCUGAGUGAGCACACGGAACUGCUUCCCAAGGCGGAUGGCACAGGCAGCACCACCAUGCUUGUUGAUACGGUCUUUGAAAUGAACUAUGCGACUGGCCAGUGGACCAGACUAAAGAAGUACAAACCGAUAACAAAUGUUUCGUAAAUGGUUGUUAAGAGUGGAAUAUUGAACAGACGGACCAUAGAAUAAGCCAGCAUCUCCAUCAUGGGUCAACUUGGCUGACCGACAUUCCUGUGAAGGCUUUUUUGAAAAACCAUCAAUUACUAGCUGCGGUUGGCUCAAAUGGCAGAACAAGAGCAAAACUACGUGCUUGCAUUUUUGUUAAAGGAGGGCGUGUGUCUGUAUGCAUUUUGUGGGGGGGAAGGGGUGCAGCAGGGAAUCACGACAGCUGCAUGAGCAGAGCUGAAAUGUAUCCACCACCUCCGAAACAUUUGGGGAAGUGAACUAAGGGGAAGGCAGAUUUUUACAGUAGCUGCGCUCCGUUGACCUGAUCCCUGCUUUUAAAAAUGGUCACUGCUGUGUUUGUAGUUCUCUUCUGUAGUUGAUUGAAUGUGACAGAUGUAUUGUUGGAUGCCCCCCCGCCCCCCCCCCCCGUAGUGCUUUUACCAGUCAUUGGGAAAAAGGUGUUCGUAUCUUUUGCAUAAAGCAAUGGGGUGGGAGACACUUUAAACAGUGCUGAAUGGUAAAUACUACUUUCCUACCAGAUUACUCUAUGGCUCAGCCAGCUCCCACCUACCUGGCCUGUGUGCUCACAUGAGACAUAAAUACUUUUUGACAUGUGCACAUAAACAAUGUAACUCGCAAAGUACUCCAGAGACCACAAAAUUAAUCUUGCUGUAAAAAUCCAUAAACUGGAUGAAUGCCUUCCCUGUUGAAACGGAGGACACUAAACACUGUUUAAACUGGUCACUUCUUUAAAGUUGGUACCUUAGUUAACUUGCUUCAAAUUCUCAGGGCCAGCGAUGUUAAUCUUUUACAUGGAAACUGGACUUUGUGUCUACCUAAAGUAUUUUGCACAUAUCACACAAGCUGGCCUUCAGCACAAAAGUUGGAUCCCAUGACCCCCUUCCACCAAGAUUUCCUUCAACAAAGAAAGGCUUUUCUCUACUGGAGGGAGACUUUUUUCAUCAGAAAAGCUCAUUCCCCACUGCAGGAAAACUUAGCAGCACAGUGCCAUAGGAUUCAACUUGGUAUCUGUCAAAAGCUCCUAAAUCUGUUUUGGAUAGUGUAGAUUAUGGGUCAAAGUUGACAAGUAGAUGAUUCAUCCCAGAUUUUUCCGUAGUGAAAUUAGUCACCUCUUGCUGGAAAAUGGUUCUGUAAAAUGGAUUUAACUGGAAAGUGUUUGGCUGACUGGCACGCUUCAAAAGAAUGUUUUCCUCCGUGACCCAUCGAAAUGGGAAACAUUUGGGAAUCCGUGCCCUUAGAGCAAUUUCCUGAUUGCUGUGGUGGUGUUGCAAAUGGCUGUUCUCUAAGAGUUUAAUGUUGACGGCGCUGCCAGUUUACAUACAUAAAUAGAUGGAAUUGCAUUUCCUUCUAAUUAUUUCUUGGGAUUGCAUGCAAUAUGAUGGAACACAAUCUUUUUAAAAAAUAAAACAUGUUGGGGAGCAUCCUGUAGCAGUUACAGGAUAAGAGAGGGCUUUAUGCUGGGCAAGGCUUAAAACGGAGCGGGUUGGUUAUAGGACUGCUAUAACAGGCAGGAAAAUGGGCGACUGCCCAGGUUUUAGCCAGCUUGUCUGAUUUUGCAUGCUUCAAACUUCUUUCUUAUCUGAGAAUUUUAAACCAGGAAGGAAGAAAGGAGAAUGUCUUGCUUUUCAUUUUAUGCCGAUGGAACUAACAGAGAAUCGAAUUCCUCCAAAAUUGCAGUCUUUGGUUUGUUACUUGACUGGAAGCCAGUUCCAUUAAUUAAAUGCACCUAGUCAACACGAGAAAUAUUUGUACUGCUUUUGCCGGUUCCUGGCUGUAAUUUUUGUUUCUAAAUUUCUACUUACUAGCCAAGAUAGCGUUAAAAAAUGAGAAAAUUGUAGUUUCAAAAUUCAUUUGUUGGGAGCACACAAAGAGCUUGACUAUGGAGUAACCUAAAGAUUCCGCAGGGCAGUCUGUUUUUAUUAGACAUAAUGUGAGACAUCUGCCGGUCUGGCUACUAAGCAAUACGUUUGAAAUAUUUCAAACAUGUAGAAGUCAUUGCCUUUUAAAAAUUAAACACUAUGCAAUGGCUUUGCAAGAUUAAACUGAUAAUUGGCACAAAUCCCUCUGUGUGCAAGGGAGGAUCUCAACUAGUUCUCUAGCAUUCAAACCUUACCCGUUAUAAUGAGACCAAGUGUUUAGUGAACAUGACAAUUAAAAUCUGUUUAGUGGCUAUUACUGGAGAUGUGAUUGUUUUAAACUUGCUAAAUAAUUAGCAGUCUUCUAAAGUUUAUCCAUUAUCUUGACCAGUUCUGACAGAGAGCAGAUUAUGUUUAAAUAGCAAUUCUUUAUGUCACAACCUGGCUUAAUGUUUCAUUAAAUUACUUGUUGGUUUAGUUUUACUUGGUAUGCUUGUGCAGGUAAAAUGGAAUAAGCUAGUGCAUGUGAGGAGCAUGAUUAGACUGUUCCAGAAAGGGAGAGCGUGCUAGUGUGAAUAGGCUGCAAAGUAAACCUGGAGAUCUGUAUGCAUUAACAUUUGUGCCCGAACAAUUUGGGUUUACUGUAAGAGGAACUUGCUACUGCAUAUUUCCCCAUGAAUCAAAAUAGCACAAGUUUUGAAAUGCACAAUCAGAUGUGUUGUGUUCACCAGUAAGCAUCAAGGAUGAGCUUGUUUUAACUUGCUAGGGGGCUUUUAAAUAUCCACAAGUUCACCAGUAUUCUGCAUCUAUAUUAACAGCACGAUUGAUAUUCCCUUUCCUGCUACCUGGGCAUCCGGUGGUUUUAAAGUUAAGAAGCAGAGAGUGAAACGAGUCUCAAAUUGAGAGCUACGAGUGGCUGAAUGAAGAGCAAUCCACUCUUAUAAGGAGAGUUUUAUAAAACUUCUCUGUCUAGCAACAUAGUAAGGCACGCAAAGUGCAUUUUGUGGUGGUAAGAUACCAGUAAAUACCCUGUUACGUUUUAAGGUAAGGUAUACAAACCUCCAGAGGUGACUCUAGAGUGCAUGCUGAUUACAUGUAGUGCUGUUCUCACAUUUCCCAAUACAGGAGGCUUUAGUUACGUUUUCAGAGUAACAUGACUGCUGUCUGUGAGAAGAGAGAGGUAUUUGGAGUAUAGGACAUAGGGCAUGCAGAUCACAUUGUAAUGUGUGAUCUACUUCAGCUAUCAGACAAACCACCCUGACACAGAGCUUGUAGACACAAGGUGUAUAGCAAGGAUGUGAUUCUGUUUUUAUGGCAAAGGCAUUUUCUGUUUCUUCAUCCUGGAUAGUUGAUCUGAAGAAUUAACGGAAGAGCCCAGACGAGAAUGGCUAUAGCCACCUUUGUUUUUGGCCGAUUGAGAGAGGUUGAGAAUUCAGUAGCUCUGGUGAAUAGGAUUUACUUUGCACGCUAUUCAUAAAUUUGUUUAAAUUCCAUUUUGCCCAGCUAUGACAAGCAACUAAUGAUAUCCACCAGUUCAAAACCAAUGAUUGGUACUGGAAAUGUGUUGGCACUAACCUAACCCUGACAAAAAUGCAGCUUUCAGUUUAGUGGCAUAUUGGAAGUUACGGGCAAGUAUCCCCUUUGGCAACCUCAUAAUAUUCUGGGAAUCGCAUUUAAGUGCCACUUGCCAAAUUCAUCAAAGGUACUUGAACACCAUAGAGCUUGAAUUGUGUUUUUGCAGCAAGAUGUGAUGGAAGGAAAAGACCAGGUAACUAUUUAAACCAGAACUGUUUAGGAAUAUUGUCCCUUCUAACAGGCAAUGUCGUUUUGUAAAUGUCGCAUAUCUCAUAUUAACAACCCAUACUUUUUCUAUCUAUUUUGUUUUUGUACAGAUGUAAAUUCAAGACCUCAUGUCCUUGGGUACAUAUUUUCAGUGUAAUACAGUAUGUAUAAUAAAGUUCUGAUUUUUCU